AUGCACUAUACAUAUACAGAAAAGUAUACCUCUGAACAGUACAAUAAUUUAGAGAACAAUUAUGACAGCUUACGUGUGCUAAAUGUUGAAAGAAAUGGAAAUGUUAUUUAUACUUAUAAGGAUAAGGGAAAUACCUUCUUUGGAGUCUAUGAUUGCCAAACCAGACAAAAUGAGCUUCUGUAUUCCUUUGAGACCAACUUACAAGUUAUCAGUUGCUCUGUCAACAGAGAGAGAACUUUGCUUGCUGUAAGUUUAGUUCAGUCUACUGAAGAAGGACGAAGGAAUGAGCUUCAACCAGGAUCAAAAUGUCUAACUCUGUUAGUGGAAAUCCAUCCCAUCAAUAAUGUGAAGGUUCUCAAAGCAGUGGAUAGCUAUAUUUGGGUGCAGUUCCUUUACCCACACGUUGACAAUCACCCUCUUUCAGAACAACGGCUGCUGUUGAUUUCAGAAGAAAAAUAUAUUGAACAAUUUCAUAUCCAAGUCAUCCAAGAAGAUGGCAAUAAAGUGGUAAUUAGAAACCCUGGCCAUCUCCCAAGAGACAGAGUCGCUGAGGAUUUUGUCUGGGCUCAGUGGGAUAUGCUAGAACAGAGACUGUACUACAUUGACCUAAAGAAAUCAAGGAGUAUCUUAAAAUGCAUCCAGUUCAGUGUGCCUGAGAACUUCACGCUGAUGUUUGAAGCACCCUUGGACAUAUCAUUAAAUGACUCAGGAUUGAAGCUUGUCAACUUUGGAUGUGAUUAUCUUCAGGACCAAGAGAAACUAUCCACACACCCGACUCUGUGUGUUUUCUCCAACAAGACAGGAAUCCUGUGUGUAUGCUAUAGCCCGGAGUUUGAUCCUCGGAAACAAAUCACAUACUCAGUGUUUUAUUUCCAUAAAGGCUACCGCAAAACCUUCACCCCUGCUCUUGGGAGCGUCGACUCUCACGUGGCAAAGGGCCUGACUUUUCUCAACCUCGACUACUAUGUGGCUGUUUGCUUACCUGGACAUUUCUUUCACCUACUCGACAUCCAACAUCCAGACUUGAUCUGUCACAGUCUGUUUAUGACAGGAAAAAAUGCAACGAUUGAUCUGCUACCUCCUAGUCCUUUGCAGUCCCUGCCAGGGGCCCUGGUCCUGGAUGGGAGUUCGGGAACGCUCUCAAGAGCACUGCUGGACCUGCCACACCUGCUCCAGCUGCUGUGGGAGAGCCCCCUGGACUGCGAGAAGAUGGCCCUGCUCCACUGCGCCCUCGCCUGUGGCCGGCACUCUCCGCUCCUGGAAACCCAGGUUAUUCAGUGGAUUUCUGAGAACAUCUCCACCUGCCAUUCCUUUGACCUCAUUCAGGAAAUUCUAGUUGCUUCUUCGUAUUGGAGUAUACAGCCAGAGAGAAGUAACGCAGAUGAACUGUUGCCACACUCCUCGGUGCUCUCUUGGAAUACAGACAUUCCUGGAUUGACCUUUGUGACAGAAGAGAUUGCCUUGCCUCUUAUGAAGCAGGUGCACAGCCUUACGGACGACUGGGCAAAACUGAACCACAGUCUAGACUGUGUCAAGUACGCCAAACCACACCUGCACUAUAACAACAGCGUCAUCAGGAGAGAGUGGAACAACCUGGUCUCGGAGGAGAACAGGGGGAAAAGAAGGUCCGCCGCCUAUGUGAGGAACAUUCUCGACAACGCCAACAAGGUGAUUUCUAACCUUGAAGCAAGACGUUUGGAGCCGAGAUUAGCACCCCUCUUCCAGGAGGAAGACCGUCAUCAGAGGCUGCUGAUGGGGUUGAUGGUGUCUGAGCUAAGAGACCACCUUUUGGGUCACCUACAGGGUGUGGACAAGAAGGAACUUGAGCAGAUGGUCCUGGACUACAUUUCCAAGCUGCUGGACCUCAUUUGCAGCAUCCUCGAAGCCAGUUGGAGGAAACAUGAGCUUCAUUCCUGGACUCUCCACUUUGAUAGGCGGGGCAGUGCUGCCGAGUUCGCCGUCUUUCACCUCAUGGCCCGGAUUUUGGAAGCAACUAACAGUUUAUUUUUACCUCUGCCACCCGGCUUUCACACUCUGCACAUGGCGCUUGGGGUCCAGUGCCUGCCUUUGCACAACCUGCUGCAUCACAUUGAUGAUGGGGUGUUGCUCCUUACAGAAACAGCGGUCACCAGGCUCAUGAAAGAUCUGGACAACACAGAGAGAAAUGAAAAGCUAAAAUUUAGCAUCAUUGCGCGGCUUCCUCUGCUUCUGGGUCAGAAGAUCAGUCAGCUUUGGGACCACCCUAUGAGUUCCAGUAUUAUUUCCCGGAACCACGUGAAGCGGUUGCUUCAGGACCAUAAGAAACAGCCCCGGGAGUCUGUGAUUGACAAGACAUCCUUCCGUGUGGAAUUUCUGCCUCUGAACUACUUCAUUGACAUACUGACAGCCAUCGAGUCCUCCAAUCCAGCUCUGUAUGCCUGUGAAGGACACGACAAUGUGGAUGCAAAAUUUGUAGAGGAAGCAGCUCUGAAACACACCACGAUGCUUUUAGGCUUAUAGAAGAGCGGCUGCAGCGAAAUCAGCUUCCAGUAUUUUCAUCUCAAUUUCACCGUAUUUAAGAUGGUUCACAAUGCAUUCUUGAGCCGUCUGCACUGCAGUUGGGUGAUAGUAAACAGAAGUAAAGUGCUGCACCUCACCCGUUUUCAACAUCAGGUGAGCAGUCGAAGGUAGAGAAAGGAGAAAACAGUCCAAAGAGGCAUAGAGCGGCAUAAAGGAUGCUCUUCAGAGAAAGAUUUCCCCAGCAGCCUCAGAGACCCCCUGGUUCAGCUGUGCUCAGAAAUACGCCAUGCUUUAAAAAUGCAUGGGAGGAUGCUGAAAAAACAAAAAGCUAGCUGUGCCUCUAUCAAUAAUGCAUAAUAAGCAGAAAAUGUAAAUGUUACAUAAACACUUUCUUUGGAUAGAGGAGACUUCUUAAAACUGGGAUGUGGAGUAAAUGAAACCCUCUCUCCUGGCAGAAUCGUUUGUCCCAUGGUGUACAUGCAGCCUUGGAAAGACCAUCCGUCAUGGUGAUGAUUCAGAUGGAAAUGUAUUUAAAAGUUUAACGUUUUUCUUAUAUUUAUAAAAGUUUGGUUUAGUAAUAUUUUGUCAUUAAAACAACAACAACAAGAAAACAAAAUAAACCACUGAAAGUUUGGGCCUGA